AUGUCCACCACCACCACCACCAACACCACCGCCGCGAAGCUGCCCACCACCCAGCCCGAAUGGCAGGCCGCGCUCGACGCGCUCCCCGCGAACCCGCCCAAGAUCCCCGCCUUCUUCUUCGGCCACGGCUCGCCGAUGCUCGCGAUGCGCCCGGACCCGCGCCAGUUCGGGGCGCGCGGCGGCGGGGACGCCGUCAUGGACGCCAUGGGGCCCGCCGGCCCGCUCGCGGCCUUCCUGCGCGACUUUGGUCCGGCGCUGCUCAAGAAGUACAACCCCCGCGCGAUCGUCGUGUUCAGCGCGCACUGGGAGACCGCCGGCGAGCGCGUCGUGACCGACUACGGGGACGAGAACCCGCUGCUAUACGACUACUACGGCUUCCAGCCCGAGCUGUACGAGCUCAAAUUCAAAUCGCGCGGCGACGCCGCCCUCGCGAAGCGCAUCGUCGAGCUCUACAAAGAGGCGGGCCAGCUGGCGCGGACGACGAGCAAGCUCGAGUCGCGGGGGCACGACGGGCGCGGGUUCAACGGCCCCGGACUCGACCACGGCGUCUUCGUCCCCUUCCGGCUCAUGUUCGGCGAGUCGCUCCCGGACAGCGUCCCCGUCGUCCAGGUCUCGAUCGACUCCACCCUCUCGCCGGAGAAGAACUGGGCCGUCGGCAAAGCCGUCCGCCAGCUCAGGGAGGAGGGCGUGCUCGUCCUCUCCGGCGGACUGACGGUCCACAACCUCCGCGACUUCUCCUCCUUCUCCCCGGCCACGGCAUCCUCGUCCGUCAAGGCCUUCAACGACGCCGUCACCGCCGCCAUAGCCACCGAAGACCCCGCGACACGCAAGCGCGCGCUGCUCGACCUGCCGAAGCACCCGGGCUUCCGCGGCGCGCACCCGCGCGAGGAACACUUCGUGCCGCUGUACGUCGCCGCCGGCGCGGGCGACGAGGACGGGCGCGAGAAGGCGCGCGUGCUCUCCGCGAUCUACGGCGCCCAGACCGUCGCGUUCGGCGUCUGA